AAAAAAAGUUAGCCCGUAACAGAAACCACCACCAAACCCCCAAGGUCCGGAGAGAGAGAGAGAGAGGAGGCGGCGCCGAGCGAGCGAGCGAGCGAUUCCUCCACCUCCGUCGCGGGAUCAUGGCCAUGGCCUCCUCCAGACUGCUCUGGGCUUCCCGCGCCGCCUCCUACCUCAGGAUCUCCACCUUCCCCAGGGCCUUCUCCACCGUGCUGAAGGAUCUGAAGUAUGCUGAAACUCAUGAAUGGGUGAAGGUUGAGGGUGAUUUGGCAACCGUUGGGAUUACGGACCAUGCCCAGGACCAUUUGGGUGAUGUUGUGUAUGUGGAGCUGCCAGAAGUUGGCACAUGCGUAUCUCAGGGAAACAACUUUGGUGCUGUUGAAAGUGUUAAGGCAACCAGUGACAUCAACUCACCAAUUUCUGGAGAGGUCAUUGCAGUGAAUGAUGAACUUACAGAGAAACCAGGAUUGGUCAAUGCAAAUCCAUAUGAGGGCGGCUGGAUUAUCAAGGUCAAGGUCAAAGAUGCGGGUGAGCUCAACUCACUGAUGGACGACGAGAAGUACUCAAAAUUCUGCGAGGAAGAAGAUGGCAAGCAUUGAGCAAUAAUGGUCGUUUCUGAACACCAGAAUCUGCCAUUUGACCCUUGUAGAUGUUCGUUAUAUGCUGUUGGGCACUUUCUACCAACUGCUGUCUCAACCCAGAAACGAUCAAAACAUGGAAUAAAUGUCAUUGCCAGCUCUACAAGGGCUUGCAAGAUCCGAAAUCUGUAUAUCACUUGAGUUUGUUUGUUUCGUGCUCUUGUGUCGCCAUGAGUUCGUCUUCAGUUAUAGCUUUGUUCUGAUUCCUUGA